GCCCUCGGGUUGCCAGCGCGGAGUGGAUGCUGCUGCUCGUUUCGUUCGCGAUCAAAAUUUUGACGUCUCAUAAACAGAAAUGGAAGAGGACAUAUUAUGCGAAUGUUGAAUUUUUAUGUGAAAUUCUUUUCCUGUUUUUGCGACUUGGAAGUGCAUUCGGAUUGCUAGUUUUGCAGUGUAGCUAUCGGCCAAUCGGAACGAUUAUGUGAACCGUACGAGUGCAGCUUGGAUUGACGCCUGGCCGCGAGUGAAAAAGUGAACAGUUCAGAAGAAGCGCCAGGUUUUCAUAUUAAACCCACGGACACAAAGUUUGACUUUUCUCGCCAGAGUGCAAAACGUUCUUGUGCAAAAGCAAAAGGAAAAUAUUUAGGAGGAAUCUACUCGGUUCGUCGGGGGAGGAUGUGGCCAAUCAAGCUGGACAUGACCCGGGACGAGUGCCGCGGUGUCCUUCGGCGGCUUGAGUUGGAAUCCUAUUCGAGUGUUAUGAGUACAUUUCGUGCGCAGGGAGGACUAUGCAAGGAAAAAGCGCGAAUUUUAGAGGAUCUGCGGAAGCUGCUGCACAUUUCGCAGGAUCGGCACAAGGCCGAAGCCCGCCGGGUGGCCAACGACGAGCGGCUGACCACGGUGGCCGAAAUAAUUUCCGGACCAAACAGCGUCCAGGAUUGGUGCAGAGAGGGUCGUCGCACUUUCCCGAUUCUUCCUCGGACGGCUCCCUACACAGCUUUGACCUAUAUAGCCAACACUGUUUGUGAGCAGAUCACCAGGGAGAAUGCCAAGCUGCCGCAUCCUUUCGAAACAUCUAAAAACAGGCUCCAGAAAGAGCAGGAAGAGGAAGAGAAGCAAAAGGCACUUGAGCAGCAAAAACUACAGGAACAGAACGCUACGGCACCGGCAGCAGUGCCAAAAACCGAGGUUGAACCUCAGAGUGUUACCCCACUUGUUGUGGCACCGGAACCAGUGAAACAGAUUCAACCACCACCACCGCCGUUGGUGGUCAUGUUGGACCCGUUUAUAGAGGCUGCUAACAAAAGCUAUAUUAAUAAUGAUUUAAAGAGAUCAUAUCCUGAAGAGCCAAAUCCGACGCCUAGUAUAGCUAACACAGUUGAAGACGAUUCUCCUUUGAAAAAGAAACCACAAUUGUAUCAAGAACUUCAAAAGCAGGAACCAUCAUUUCAUCCUCCUCCUAUUGUUACUUUCCACACCCAGCCCUAUACUCCGUUGCAACCGCAACUUCAGCAGCCACCUCUUCACUUUCCCCUCCCACAACAACUGUUGUCUCCUAACAAGAACCUACCAUCUCCGAAUAACUUUGGACCAGUGUUGGCAAAUAACAACCUUAACAUCAAUGCCAAUAAUAAUAACAUUUUAACAACUAAACCGACAAAGGCGAGCGCUAAAAACACGGAACGGCAACGUAAAACAUCCGGUUCUUCUAGGAAGAAUCAAAAUAAAACAAAAACACCAUAUCAGACAAAACAAUCGGCAAAGGCAGCCAAAAAUAUGGCCCAGCAGCAGCAACAACAACAACAACAACAACAGCAACUGCAACCACAACAGCCCGUCCCAAUACAGUCGAAGAUGCCUGCUGUGUCUGUUGGAAGUGGGCCGAUCAAAGGAACUAACAGCCCUCACUUGAUCCACUCUUACGCGAGUCCCCUUGUUCCGUACGAAAUUCCCCAACAUCCGGGAAGUCUCGAAAUGCCUGAUCUUCAGAAACACCUAACUUCGAAUAUUGUCUAUCAAACACAGGGCGCAGCUGGUCCGCAACCACCGAAUUACGGUGUCAUUUCAACGGCAGUUCCGGUCAAAUCACCCAGUGGACCAUACCAAGUUCAACAACAACAGGGUCAGCCAAAUUCCGGCCAAAUGCCUACGAAUAUCGUGUUUGGUCCGCAGCAUAUACUCCCGUCGUCUAAAAAGGAUAUUCAAUAUAAUCUCACCAAGCUUAAUCCUACCCAUACUGGCACCAUCAAGAACAACGUGAAUAUACCGUUAAAACCGGCAAGUCCUUCGAUUAUCCAUGGAAAGGGUCAUCCUCUGUUGAAUUAUCAGAAGAAAUCCCCUUCAAAGAAUGUCCUAAUUCCAACAUCGUCAGCUGCAGCUACCCUGGCCAGCUUAGGAAUCCCGAAAACGAUCCAGCGAAAGGAUUCUAUCAGCAAGGCACGUGACUCCGACCUGAUAAUUAAUCCGGCGGACAUUCCCAAUCCCAAGAUUAUAUUCUCCACGUCGGCACCCACGACCUCGCAUCAGGGUUCACCCAGCCAUAUACCACCCGGAAAUCAGAUAACCAUCCUGGAUCAGAUAACGCUACAUCCUCCGAACACGAUAAUUCAAGCAUCCACUUCCGGUGGGGUAACGAUCAUCCCGUCUCCAGCGUCCCAGCAAACCACAAUCAGCCACAUUGCCCCCCAUAAUCCAACGGCAUUGCUCGCGACGAACAACACCAUGGCACCAAAACCGGUCGUUACCCCUAUUACCCCGGUCGGUAACAAGGUGGUUACGUUCAAGGGACCCAAUCUAGCGGGCUUUACGCCGGUGAAGAGUGGAAGCAAGUUGUCCGUACAUAAGUUGCAACUCAUGCCCAUUGCAGGACCAACCGGAUCGAAGAAUAACGUCAUUGUUCUGCCGGCCAAAAGUGCCGGAAGUGGUACCCUGAACCCGGGCCAGAAGAUUACCAUCCCAAAAAGUGUGGUCGAAACAAAUGCCCUAAUGACCUCCAGUGGCAACCUGAUGAGUCCACCCAAGGUAAUUGUCCAGCAACAGCCGGAUCUCAACAACAUCGUUGUUUUGGACAUUGGAGCGGAUCAGAAGUUCAAGGCCACUAGCAAACCCUCAAACAAAUCCGUCAUCACGGAGGACACACCUGUUGACAUAGUUUCCACACCCAUCGACGUAGUCACGGGAGCCGUCAAACUCCAGGAACUUUCCAAAGGCGGCUUCCUCUCGUCAGCUUCAACCUCCUCAACUUCGGUCAGUUCCGUAGCAUCUCCCCUGACGGACAAAAUGAUCAAACCGACGGGCAAGUACAACAACAGUGCUAAUCUAACAAAACCAACAAAAUUCGAAGCGGACAGUACCGCUCCAGGGCCAUCCGUUAACGUCACCACCAAAAAGUCCAAGGCGAACCAUCAGGGACGAACCGUACAAAAUAGCAAAUCUAAAUCAAAACCAACUCCCGCCGCGGCCAGUUCCACUACGGCCGGAGCAGAUGCUCCACAAUCCCGAACCCCCGCAACCGAUUGGGAACUCGAGUUGGACCAGGCCAAUCAAGCUCACAACUUCAAAUCCAACAAUGUCCUGUCGAAACCAGCUCACAAACCUACUCCCAAAUCCAAUCCUCCGACUGUACCUACCCCAAUCGCCCCGAAACCCAUCAUUGCAACAACUCCCAACAGCAGUAACUUCCGGAAAGCGGUCCAACCUCUAUCGUCCAGCUCCAUCAGCUCGACGUCCACUCCGAUUGCAAGCGAAACGGCACGGCUACCACUGCACCGACCAACGGUGCCGGUACCCGUCCCGGUAAUGACCACCCCGCCACCGAAAGCUUCGGUUCCGCUCCCGGUCGGACUACUCCCCACCACAUCGUCAUCGCCUCCGAACGAACGAAGUGACGACACUUCGGCCACGGAUUCAGCCGACGCUGAAGAGGAGGAACCCGACGAAUGCGAAGAAACCAUCGGAGAAGAUCUGGUGAUUAUCGACGACGACGAACACUUCCACGAGGUGAUUGAGGAGGAUCCCGAGGUUAUACCGGACGAAACGUUCAACGAGCACGAGGACAUCCACGGCGAACGGGUCGAGAUCGUCAGCGUUGGUUACGACACAUCGCGGGCGUUGAUCGCCGAUCUGGAAGGAGCAGACGGAACUGGCAGUCCGGUAAUUGUCCAGGAAGGCGCUACCAUCGUGUACGACAAGGCCGGUAACGGCAAUGUGGAGAUCAAUCCAUCUAGCAUGAACUUCGAACAGUAUAUCGAGGAAGCCGGCGAUGGAGACGACGAAGGAGAACCAGUGGAAGCCGAUGCGAGGAGGACCGUCCUGCCGGGUGCGGUGAUGGCCGGCAGCAAUAGUAGCAACAAGAACAUCAUGUUCGAAAUGAUGGAAAUCGAUGCCGACGGGAAUAAGCACACGCGAACGGUGUCGUACGAGGAAGCCCUGGCCGAAGGUCAGAUCAUGGCCGCCUCGGAAAAACCGGUCAAGCACGGCAGCACGUCAGUAACGGGGACAGUGGUCAAGGGUAAGACGAAACCCACGUCCUAAAUACGGGGGGACGUCGAGAUGUUACAUAUACGCAUUAUAUAGGUAAUUAUUCAACAUCAUCAUAGCAGGCCAUAUUUGUUAAACUGAUGCAGACAAUGGUUUCCUGGCCAGCGGCGCAAGGUCGGGGUAAUAUUUAUUUUAGCAUACGUCGAACCAGCAUCGGCCAACUCUGGAAAAGAAGCAUUUGUUUUGCUUGAAUCUAUUCAAACCCAACUACAAAAUUUACAACCCCUAUUGAGAGCCGACACAGAGAAUAUCUUGUUACUAAAGAAUAGUGUUGAGUAUAUUUCUACACCCGGUUUAGGUUUCCUUUUACAAACUGAUUAACGAUUGUAGCGUGUGUCCUAUUAUAUGACUACUUAUAGUUAUUAUUUCUCUAAUACGUAUUCAGUUUGAGAGCUUUGCUUGAUAGGCGUUAAGGAUUAAAUUUGAUUAAGAAAAUGGUAAAACAAAAUAUUGCACAGAAGUUCUGGUGACAAGUUGUUAAGUUUUUAAAACGACGGAAAAUAUAAAGAAUUUUGCUAUUAUUAAUACGAUAAUUUAAUAAGGCAAUAUCUGCAAAUUUUAUUGAUUUGUUAUUUUCGUUUCCGUGUUAUCAGACUUUAUACUCUAUAUGAACUUUUUUUUUCUUUACUUCGUGAGAUUGCAGGAAUGUUUCCUUUCAGUCGUUUAAGCAAACGAACGGGUUGCGAGUCCAAUGAAGCUACAUGACAUGUUUCGUUUUGGCAGAAUGUGACCCUAAGGAUUCUCAAUCGUAACACGUUAUUGCGAUCAACAUUACUUACUAUAGUGUCCCUGUUUCGUUCUAAAUUUUACGGGUAACUUGCCAAUCCCAAAAGCUUUCUAUGUGCUAGAUCUCAAACGAGAAUCCUCCAAGGGUUUGCUUUCGCUUGGUAGUCGUGCAUAUUAUUAUGUGUGAUAUUAUACCGUAUUCUUUCGAAGACCACUUUUAUCCGGAAUGUACAAUUGUAUAUGGUUUAGAUUUCUAUCAAAAUUCAGCAGAAAGAAGCCAACAUCAUUAUAAUAAUCGAUAAGUUCCUUAAAUGCAAGAUAUUCAUGAAUUGUUCAAGUCAGAGAUUAAAUUACUCAUUGAUAUGGCUUCCAGCGCAACCGGGUCAAGCGGAACCGGUGGUUAGCAAUCAAUUUCAAGCCUACCCGGGAUUGAACACCUCAUCGGACGCGAGAUUUGGGCAACCUGGAAGUUUUCGGAGCAAACAUACUACGAGCUCGAAGUUCUAUUUUUCAAAGUUUGGUGAAACCGGCGGCGGUGAUGGAUGAGGGUACCUUUGAAGCGGUAAAAGCUAGCAAGAAUCGGAAGCCGCGUGUAAAGGCAGCUAUCAAGAUAUUGGAAGUUUUCUAUUUUGUCUACGGCUUGCCCAGCUACCGUGAAGCUGGAAGGGUUGACCGUGUUUACAUCCAACGAUUUGGUCUUGUUGACGUUGAUGGCGAGACUUGCCAGAGAGGAGCGAUCGGCAAGAUCAUCGAGUUUACUCUGCAUAUCAGGGCGCCGUUGAGCUAAAAGAGCAACGUCAUCAGUUCGAAGUCAUUUAGGUACUUCAUGGUAAUGGGCAGUAAUCGCAUCAACCAGGAUCUCGUCGAUUGCAACGAGGAACAGUAGCGGUGAUAGGAUACAUUCUUGCUUCCCUCUAGCAACGACCCGGAUGGGAUCGGAUAAGACACUGUUGUGCAGUACUCUGCACGAAAAUGCCAUGUACUGUGCUUCAAUGAGGCCGAUUACCCUAUUAUUUUUUUGCACGGGUCUGGUUUUUGCUAUAACUCAGUCAAUUUUUAACCGAUUUUCAUGAAAUUGUGUACACAUGUAGGUACUGUUAGUACUAUCAGUGUACACAAUAUCAUGAGAAUUGGUUCAAAAUUGAUAGAGUUAUAGCAAAAUAACGACCCGUG